CAGCUACGCUUCAAAAUGAAAACCUUCGCCGCCACAGUCCUGGUUGCUGCCGCCUGCUUCUUGGUUUUUUCAGAUGCUCAGUCAUCUGUUGAGCCAGCAGUGACCAGGCCUGCCGCGAAUUUAACUGCUGCUACAAACUUCUGCAAAAUCCCUUCAUGCGGGCCAUAUCAACCUCAGCACGUUUACUGCCUUUAUCCGAGUCCAACUUGGGGAAAGGCUUGCAAACCGGCCUACCCGACCAAAUCCAUCGUGACCGAUGCCGACAUCAAGACUAUUUUGAAAGUGCACAACGAUUACCGACGUAAAGUUGCGCAGGGCCUCGAGACCCAAGGAAGUCCAGGUCCUCAACCCCCUGCGUCCAACAUGAGAGAGUUGAAAUGGGACCAAGAGCUCUCCGACAUGGCAGCAGCUCACGCCCAACAGUGUGUGUUUAAGCAUGACACUUGCAGAAAUGUUCCUCGUUUUCGAGUGGGUCAGAAUUUGUUCAUUUUCAAGUCUCAAUCCGACACCGCUGGCAACUCAGACUGGAAUGGAGCCAUAACCGCUUGGUACAACGAAGUUCAAUACAUGAACACCACUUAUGUCCAAUCCCUCCCAUCAAGCCCACCAAAUGUAAUUGGACACUACACGCAAGCAGUAUGGGCAGAUACUUCCCUUGUUGGCUGUGCAGUUGCUUACUUCCAAACUACGACGAGCAUUUCGUUUCCCUAUAAUAGAAUGUACGUUUGCAAUUACGGUCCAACUGGCAAUUAUCGCGGCUCUGCUGUUUAUAAGCAAGGAACAUCCGGUUCCGCCUGCCCCGCAGGCACUGUGAACAGCAACGGCUUGUGUAACUUGGACACAAGCAAUCGUUGUGGUGAUUUGGGCUCAAUUUGUUUUUGAGCUUAAUAAUCUGUCGUGGACAUUAUUCCCCCUGAUUUAUUGGCGCCUAUAAAAUCCUAGUGCAGUAGUUUCAUAAUACAUUUAAUCAAUCAGCAA